GUAAGUCUCCCGGGGUCAGUCAAACACCCACUGCUAACACUUUUAAAUCCACCCAAAGCAGGCAAAAGAUCAUUUCUCUUCUGCUCGUGCUGCUGAUGAAGAGAGUUUAAAUAGCAGGUUCUGGAAAAGGGAGUCCUGGCCGAGGCCAAAAUGCAGCCUGGUCUGCUCUCUACAUGCAGCUGGGUUCCCAGUCUGGACCACAAAGUCCGGAGAAGCAUCUUCCAUACACACGUCUAUAGUUUCAGAUGCCUGACACGCUCAGCUACAGCGCCCCCCGCUGAUUGAGCCUGGAAUACCCUGUGUUUGCUGUUGCCAGGAGACUUCUUAAAACAGAGGCAACUAUCUGCUUCAAGUUCACUUCUCACCUCUCAUAUCGGGACUGGGAGUUAUGGAAAACUCUACUGAGUCUAAUGAGAAGGAGAGGCUGAAGAUGAGGAUUGCUGUUUUGGAAGAGAGUGUGAAGUCCAGUGAGGUGGAGUGCAAAGCCAGCAGAGAGAUGGUGCUGAGGCUGGUGGCAGAGCUGGACCAAGAGAGGAGGAAGGCUGCCAGCAGUGCAGCAGCACUUGAUUCACUCAGAGUGGAGUUUGAUGGCCUGGUGGUGGGGAGAAGAAGUGUCGAGAUGGAGAAGCAGACACUAACUGAAAGGCUUGAGGCCAGUAAGAGAGUGAUAGAGGCAGCCAGGCGAGAGUCGCACUGCCUCGAGAAACAAGUGGAGGAGCUUGAAAGAAGGACCCAAGCAGCUGAGGGCAAACUGCAGGCAUUCUUGGAAAAGAUGGUUGGCCUCCUGCAGGAGAAGUCUGAGGACAUCACCCUACCCACAGAGAGCGAUGUUCUACAGACACUGGAUAACCUCUGCAAUAAGGGGUUGCCAGAGAUGGAAGCGAGGCUGUGUUGUGUCUCUGAUAAGCUGAGUGAGCAGACAGAGCUUUACCACAGCACACAACAGAGGGCUCAGCUUGCAGAGCAGCAAGUCCAGGACCUGAGAGGAAGACUGCAAUGUCUAGAGGCCGAACUGCUGACAGCAGACAUGCAUCAUGACCGGCUGCAACACAACAAACAUCAUUAUGACGAAUUCUUGGAACAGCUGUCCAAGACAAUGAAGGCUGAGGACACUGAUAUUGAGCUCGGCUUCGACAUGAAGCUAAAACUCAUUUUGUCACGUGCUGAACAACUUGUCAGACAAGAGGGAACUGCUUUGGUGGAGAGUAAAAGUCUGACUUACACCUUACAACGGAAGCUGAAGUCACAGAAGGACCAAAUAGAGAGCAAAGGACUCCACAUCCAGCUCCUGAGGAAAAAGAUUUCAGAGCUGGAGGAGGAGAAGAGGAGCCAGUCAGCACUGGCCGUGGAACAAGAUGAUGCACGUCUACAGACCAGGAGGCUGCAGAAAAAACUGGAGCGUCUUCAGAACGAACUGAAAGCCAUCAAACUUUCUAACACCGAGCUCAAGGCCCAGCUCUCUCAUACUAGUGAGCUCAAGCUGAAAGUCACGGAACAGAAUCGGACCAUGCAGGAGCAGAAAAAGAAGCUGGAUCAGCUGGUGGAUGAGAAGGCAAAGGUGGAGAAAAAGCUGAACACAGUUAGCUCAGACCUGCAAAGCCAAGCGAAGACGACAUGUGAGGCCCAACAGGAACUCCUUACCCUCAGACAGGGCCUGGCUCAGCUGUCUGAGAGGCAGAGAGAGUUGAUGGAUUUCCACAUGGUGGUUUCUCAGAUGCUGGGCCUGGACGCCACAGCUUUGGCUCUUCCAAAUGAUGAAAUCAUCAAAUUACUUGAGACCCUUCUUCACAGUCACUGUCACCAUCACCACCUUCACCAUCACAUUAAUACGCCCUGGCACUGCUCUACUCACCAAAGGCCUCAUCUGCAACAAAUCCAAAACCUACCCGACGGCUCCACUUCCAAAUCUGUUUGUCCAGAGGGUGCAGUUCCCCAUGAAACUUAAAAUCUAUUCACUCUACCAAAGAUAAGUUGAAAUGUUGAGAAAUACAUAUUCUGAGGUAUAAAAUAACAGUUUAAAAACUGUGCUUUUAUAUUUGUUUUCAUCAAUUUAACUAUGACACACAACUGGUGAAAUAUUAAAAAUGCAGACUCACAAAUC